AUGACUAGAUCAGAGGAAGCCAAUAGCCAUCCGGUUGAGAACCGUGAUGAUGUAAAGUUCCUAGUAACCAGUGCCGAAUUAAAAGCAAUUGUAAAUGAAGCAGUUGACAAAGCCUUAGCGCGACAGUAUAGUGAAUUCAGUGAAACCCACAGUAGAACCCUGUCUGCACCUCAUGCUAAGCCAAAGAACCAUUCUGAGGUUCGCAACAAGCCGCCACCUGCUUCUCCCAAACCUAAGAAAGAUGAGGAUCGUCAUUCCUCUAAUGAAAACAGUGUUCACCCUAAAAAGCUUGUGGUUGAUGAAACCCCACGUGCUAAAGGCUGCACAAGGAGAAUGCCUCCUCGAAGGAACAAUCAACUGCCCACGACCGAGGCAGGAUUACAAGAGCGCAUCUCACAGGCCAUCGCACAACAUGAGGUCCUUCGCUCUAAACACAACGGAGAGCCGGAGUUGAAGAGGAUAGAACGUUUCAUCUGGGGUUUGGCACCUCAGAUUCUGAGCAUGAUGACUACUUCUAAGUCUCUAAUGAUUUCCAAGGCUAUUGACUUGAGCGUAGCACUUACUGAAGAAGCAGUCAUGUUGGGCAAGUUCUCGAGUUCUGACGCAAGGAAGAAAGAGAUUCAUGUGGAGUCGUCUGGGGAACACAAGAGAAAGUUCACUAACUUCAAGAAGCAUCAUCACACAGGACGAUCUAGGUAUGGGAAAUGUGAGAACUGCGUCAAGGUAGGGCAUGCCAGGGAGGCGUGCUGGUAUGGUGCUGGACGAAGGAAUGGAGGAUCUGGUGGAAAUGGUAAUGGAAACCGCGGUGGUAAUGGGAAUCAGACUGGGAAUCGCAAUCAAGGAGGAAAUGGAAAUUUCGGGGGCAAUGGUAAUCGUGGUGGUUUUGGAAAUCAAGCUGGUAACGGAAACCGUGGUGGAAACAACAAUCAGGGUGGAAACAGAAAUGACAAUGGUUGCGGUCAAGGUUGCUUUGGUUGUGGUGAAAUGGGGCAUUUUAAGCGGGAUUUCCCAAAGAAUAACCAAGCUUGUGGAAGAGUGUUCAACAUUGGAGCUAGGGAAGCUCGCUAG